AUGAUGCUGAAGGUGAAGAAGGAAGCUUUUGCCCCUCCCAAAGCAAAAUCCAAAGUUGGUUUGCUGAAAAGAUCAACUCACAGAUGCACAGCCAGAAAGAAGGAGGCGGCCCCGGGAUCCGCAGCAUUUGUCUCUAGCCCCGCGCUGGUCUGGUAUCCCCUCUUCAACUCUUCCAACUCCCGGACUAUCCAGAUGUCUCUGCAACGUUUUCUGUCACCCUGUGAGCUGCAGGGAGUGUUGACGUUCAAGGAUGUGUCUGUAGAAUUGUUUAUGGAUGAGUGGGCCUGCCUGGAGCCUGCUCAGCAGACUUUGUAUCGGGAUGUCAUGUUCGAGAACUACAGAAACCUGGUUUUCCUGGGGCUUGCUGUCUCUAAGCCAGACCUCAUCACCUGUCUGGAGCAAAGCAAAGAACCCUGGACGGUGAAGACACACCAGACAGUAGUCAAGCAUCCAGCUAUAUCUGAUCCUUCUGGCCAAGACCAUUUGCAAGAACUGGGCACAAAUAUUUUAUUACCAGAGAUCAUUCAAGGAAGCCAUGAACACUGUGACCCCAAGAAUGUAAACUCAACAAAAGACUGGGAAAGUGUAUAUGAGGGUAAGCAGCAGAAAGUAUGUUCUAGUGGACUUGACCAAUGUUUAACAGCUACCCGUGGCAAAGUCUUCCAAUGUAGUAAAUGUUUGAAAGUCUUCAGACAAUUGUUAAGUCUAAAUAGACAUAAGACGAUAUAUACCAUAGGGAAAACUUUUAAAUGUAAAAAGUAUGGGAAAGCGUCUAGUCUAUGCUUACAUAUUACAGAACAUAAAGUAAUUCAUAUUGGAGAAAAAGAGUACAAAUGUAAAGAAGGUAGCAAAAUCUUCAAAUCUUCCUCAAGUCUGUAUAAGUAUAAGAGACUCCAUAUUGGAGAGAAAUUCUACAAGUGUCAUAAUGAUAGCAAAUGUCUUAGCCACAGGUCAAAAUAUUGUAACCAGAAGAGUAUUGAUACUCGAGGAAAACCUUACAACUCUAAAGAAUGUGACAAACUUACCAACCAGUAUUCACACAUUUCUGGACAUCAAAGAAUGUAUUCUGGAGAUAAACCAUACAAAUGUCAAGAAUGUGGGAAAGGCUUUAACAGUUCUUUAACCCGUUCUGGACAUCAAAGAAUUCAUUCUGGAGGGAAACACUACGAAUGUCAACAAUGUGGUAAAGCCUUUAAUCUUAUUUCAACCCUUAUUCAGCAUCAAAGAAUUCCUGCUGGAGAGAAACCCUACAAAUGUCAAGAAUGUGGCAAAGCCUUCCACUGCUCCUCAUACCUUUCUGUACAUAAAAGAAUUCAUUUUGGAGAGAAACUCUACAAAUGUCAACAGUGUGGCAAAGCCUUUAACCGGUACUCAAGCCUUUCUUUCCAUAAAAGAAUUCAUUCUGGGGAGAAACCCUAUAAAUGUCAACAAUGUGGUAAAGCCUUUAAUGCCAGUUCAACCCUUACUGAACAUCAAAGAAUUCAUUCUGGAGAGAAACCCUACAAAUGUCAAGAAUGUGGCAAAGCCUUUAACUGGUACUCAUACCUUACUCAACAUCAAAGAAUUCAUUUUGGAGAGAAACCCUACAAAUGUCAAGAAUGUGGCAAAGCCUUCAACUGUUCCUCACAUCUUUUUAAACCCUACAAAUGUCAAGAAUAUGGCAAAGCCUUUGUCCAGUACUCAAAUCUUUCUGCACAUCAAGGAAUUCAUUUUGGAGAGAAACUCUACAUAUAUCAAUAA